AUGGGCGGAGAAACUGCCGCUGUGCGCUGUUAUUAUUGUAAGAGUAAUUUCUUUUUUACGAAAAUGGCGUCUAGUCAGGGAGGUGUGGGAGCUGUCACGGCUCUACAAAGCCAUCACUACUCUAGCGGACCUCACUGGAGCCCGGGCGUCAACCAGUUUCAGCACCAGCAGCAGCAGCACCACACGGCCCGCAGCCUGGACCGGGCUCUGGAUGAUGCCGUGUGCUCGGGGAUUCUGAACCUGAGCGGCAGGAAGCUGAGAGAGUACCCGGGGAUGAGCUACGAUCUGACCGAUACAACACAAGCAGAUUUGUCCAAGAAUCGCCUCACAGAAAUCCCUCCAGAAGUGUGUCUUUUUGCCCCCCUUGAAUCGCUCAAUCUCUACCACAACUGCAUCAAGUGCAUCCCAGAAGCUAUCAUCAACCUGCAGAUGCUGACGUAUCUUGACAUCAGUCGAAAUCUACUGUCAGUUUUGCCAAAAUACCUGUUCAACCUCCCACUCAAAGUUCUACUUGUGAGCAACAACAAGCUCGUGUCCAUCCCCGAGGAGAUCGGCAAGGCCAAAGAGUUGAUGGAACUGGAUGUGAGCUGUAAUGAGAUCCAGGUGCUGCCAGCUCAGGUGGGGAGGCUUCAAGGUUUACGAGAACUCAACAUCAGGAAGAACUGUCUUCACAUGCUGCCUGAGGAGUUGGCUGACCUGCCUCUCAUCCGACUUGACUUCUCCUGCAAUAAGAUCACAGAGAUUCCUCCAGCCUACAGGAAACUCAGGCAGCUGCAGCACAUCAUCCUAGACAACAAUCCUAUGCAGUCUCCACCCGCUCAGAUUUGUCUCAAGGGCAAAGUGCACAUAUUCAAGUACCUGAACAUCCAGGCGUGUAGGAUGGACAAGAAACCAGACACCCUGGACCUCCCCUCCCUCGGCAAACGUUGCCUUCCACAGCCACUUACAGAUAGCAUGGAAGAUUUUUAUCCCAGUAAGAACCACGGGCCUGACUCUGGAAUUGGUAGUGACAAUGGUGACAAGAGGCUGUCUACAACAGAGCCCUCUGAUGAUGACACCGUCAGCCUGCACUCUCAGGUCUCAGAGACAGCCCGUGCUGAUGCUCUCUCACUCCUCUCCAAAAUGGACUCUUGCAAAGAUCAGGAUCUCUAUGACUUUAUAGAGCCCAACCCCGAUGAGGAUCCUGCUCUGUCAGAGUGUGAUGGGCAGCAGAGCAGUCAUGUGUCUUGUAUAAAGGAACUGGAGAAAGUUCUUAACAUGUCUCACCAAAGCAAAGAUAAAGACAGCUGGAAAGAGGAGUCAGGCUCUGACAAGGAGCAGCUAGUUGAGGAAGAGGAUGAUGAGCUGAAGGAAGUGCUGGACCUGAGGAAAAUUGCUGUUCAGCUUUUGCAGCAGGAGCAGCAGAAUAGACGACGAUCCUUAAUUUGCAGAGCAGAGAGUCUUAUUCACCGACGGAGAGUGACUGGCCGGGCACACAGGUUCCUGAGUCACUCUGGAAGCUCCAGCAGCAAACCAAGACCUCCUCCUCAGACCGCUCGAAGUGCAUCUUUGGAUGAAGGAAGUAGUGGAGCGUCAGUGCUAAGUGGACAGCCUUCUUCUUCCUGCUCCUUUGAUGGCAGCCUGAAGACCAAUCAGUCAGAUUCAGAGCCAAAAUGGCCCGAAGUCCCGCCUGUUCUCAAUCAGAAUGAAGAGCGCAGGAGAAACAAGUACCUGAGAAAAGAUUAUCUAAAGUACAAGUGUCAGAGUUCACGGAAAAACUCCAGUGGCAAUGAUGACUGCGAGGAGGGCUUGCGUAACACUGAUUUCAGCACCACUUUGACAGUGUUUGGACUGAAGCCCAGAUCAGCCUUCACCAGAGGAAGCCGUCAGGAGUACAGCUCAACAGACCCCAGUUUCACCAUGAGGAGGAAGAUGGAGCACUUGAGAGAGGAAAUGGAACAGAUAGGACUCUUACGGCAGAAUAUUGAGUCCAGGCUGAAGGUGUUGCUCCCAGAUGACGUUGGAGCUGCUCUGAUGGAUGGGGUUGUCCUUUGCCAUUUAGCCAAUCACAUUUGUCCUCGGUCUGUAGCCAGCAUCCAUGUACCGUCGCCUGCAGUGCCAAAGCUUAGCAUGGCUAAAUGCCGUAGGAAUGUGGAGAACUUCUUGGAUGCCUGUAAGAAGAUGGGUGUUCCACAGGACAAGCUCUGUCUGCCUCAUCACAUCCUAGAGGAGCGCGGCCUGGUGAAGGUGGGUGUGACUGUCCAGGCUCUGCUGGAUCUGCCCACAUUGAAGCCCACACAACUGUCAGCUGUUUGACACAAGCCCGAAUGUUGCAUCCAACCUGCAGUCAUCCAGCCAACCCCUGUCCCCAGCCAAAACCCACACCCUUUCGCCAGGGACCAGAGAGCCCCGCGGGGUGAGGACCCAGUGGGCGGUGGGUUUUUGGGAGUCUGCUUCCGUCUGACUGAAACAGGAGACAGGAGGCUGAAAUACCUCUGUCUUCUCAUAUGAUGUCAGCUGCCACCCACUUCCUGUCCAUCACCUUUUCAUUUGUAUCCUGUUCUAGUUACUGGGAGAAUCCUGUAUGUGUGUGGACUUUGCUCAAGGAGAGACAGACAAGAAAAAGGGUCUGUAGAAAGACCUGUACAUCCCUCUUAACACGCUCAGUGAUCAUUGAGCCUGCAAGUGCCAGUCCUGACGACAUUUCCAUGCAGGUGCUGGACACAUCGGCAGUGAGGAGAUGACAGUCAUGUGACUCACUUGAAGAGGCCCAAGCUGCACGCUGGCCUCUUAACCCCAAACCACUGACUGACCUCAAGUGGUUCUUACACUCUUGAGUUUCUUUUCUUUUUUGGUGUAAUUUUUGAAUUGAUCAGCUUUCUGUUUGUUACACGGUUUGCAUCAGACUGUACCAUUUUUCUUUUCUCCAGCAGCCAAGCCUGAUUCAUAAAUUGUGUUGAUUUAUUUGCCAGGUACUGCACUGGAGCAAUUACAUCUCCUCUGCUUUUUGAUGGAGGAUCGCCUAGUUCUAGAUGUGGUGACUUUAGGGAAGCCACGCCACAGUAGGCAUUCUGCCCUUUUUCAAACACAGGUGUGGUUUCGACAACUUUAAACCACUGUUCAAGUCAUGUGCAACUCUGUACCGAAGCUCCUUCUCAAUGCGGUCCUGCAUGCACCAGGGAUUGUGACAUACGACCACUGUGAGAACAUGCUUGACUGUUGCCAAAAGCAUGAAGGUCCUGUUUCGUAGCAUUUUUUUCCGCCAGUGUACAUGAAAGGUGUCUGUUUUUGAAAAAUAGUAUUCUUACUUUUCUAAAGGUUUUGUACUUUCUUCCCAGACAUUGCCAGUUAUUGCUUCAGUUCAGUGCAUUUGUUUUCCUUGCUAUAUACAAAGAAGUUAGGAUUUUGUUACUCAGAUGAAACGUGUUUACACAUAGCAGUUAGGAUUUUGUUACUCAGAUGAAACAUCUUUAUACGGUAUGUGUUUGUGAGUGGAAGGGGUCUGAGUGAUGGGCCUCUGGAUCGGAAAGUGGGUCAGUGCUGCUCAGAGGUAAGCACUCCUGCAAACCUUCCACACACGGCAUGGUUUUAUCUUGCUGCCACCUCAUCCUGCUGUAUGUGGUUUCUAAUACAAUUUAUUAUUUCAGGGAAAUGAAAUUAUUUAUGUAUUUAUUCACUUGUUUUUAUAUUUAUAUGUUGUUACUCUCUGCGUCUUAACCCUGACUAGCUGUUAAGGUGUGGCUGAUCUCAUGUUUUCUUCAUGUAGGUUUUUUAAAAAGGGCGACACCGGCAUAUCAUGGGAACAGGCUCUGUGGAAGUUCAAAACAAAUAUUUGCACACUGUAUGUCAACAGAGCUGACAACAGUGUUGACAGCAGGAAAUAUCUCAGCAUAUGGUAGGCUUAUUUCUGUUGUAAAUGUUGUGCAAGAGCUGAUUGUGUUCACAGGAGCGACAGCGUCGCAGAAUUGUCAUCAGCUAAUUUUAACCAACCCUGUUUACUUAGCCUAUUGCAUUUUAAAUAGGCGUAUCAUUAGUUCCUUCUUAAUGAUUUGGUUUUUCUGCAGGGCAAAGUCUUCUUGUUAGGUGGUUGGCAUGUGAGUCUUGACUUUUUGGGUUCCAUGAGGUGGCUGUGGUGCAUCAUUCAUUUUAAAAUUAAUUCCCACUGAGUCACUGAAUUUUUGGACCAAAUGGUACAUAACAAUGUGUGUGAAUCAAACUUAAGAAUUUCAUGCUCCAAUUCUCAAAUGGCCAGAGAGAACACUAUAUUUAAAAAUGCACCUUUGAAGAGAAGUUGAGGAUUUAAUACCCUGUGAUGUGUUGAUACUUCGAGGAUAUAUUGAGGUGACAUCAAUUGAAUAUUAAUUAAAUGAUCUCUGACUAUGGCACAGGCUUUGCUAGUUCAGCUAGGCUGAUGGAGCUGAGUUUUGAUGCCAAGUAAAGAUGUAGCGAGUUAUUUUUUGCAAAAACUGCAAAAAGUUUUUCUUGUGUCAUCAUGUCAAACAGCAUUGUAACAUCCAAAAACCUGACAUAUUGUGCCUUAGAGGAGGGGUAUCUUUAAUUAUUUUAGGUUUAUGAGAUUAAUCUGUCUUUUUUUUUUUUUUUACCUUGUUAUCCCAUGAAUUGUAGUUUCAGAAAUUAUCUCUGCUUUAGAUGCUUUAGAUUUUGUUUUACACAAAUUCUGAUUGGCUGCCAAACUGGAGGAGAGUUCAGUGCUCAAUAUUAAACAAGUGUGUGGAGGUCUACUGACAGAACUGUACCUGAGGUUUGAUUCACUGACUCUGUGCUGAUGGACACGAAUCAGCUUUUUUUUUUUUUUGCUUUUUUUUUUUUUUUUACUGUUUUGGCUUUGCUCCUCACAGGUUGGACAACUGUCACUUGUAUGUCCUGUGGUCAGAUGUUCCAAUUUGAAUACUGUUCAUGAGAACCUCUGUUUCCUCUGAAUGGGCUGCAUUGUCUAACCAUGUGACGCCAUUUUCCGAAGAACAGAUACCACAGAUAUACAAAAUUAUACAGGGCUUCCAGUUUAUCAGGUCUCAAGUUUAAAACGUGCAAGUUAUCACACAGUGAAUGAAAUCACCCAGAAAGAGUUUGCAUCUGGAAAUACCUGCUGUCCAUUACACUUUGUUUUUCUUUUUUUUUUUUUGCUGCUGCAGACAAAUCAUCUUUUAUGGUCAUGGCUAACAUAUAUUUAUCAAAUGAGCAGCUUUUUAUAGGAUACACACAUAUCUAUAUAAACCUCCAUAGGAAAACAAUAACACUUUAUAUCAUGUGUAACAGUGGACUGCAUCUUAGAACAGCAACUACUGAACAUAUUCAUUUAUCACCUCAUGAAAUGUUGAUUUAUUGUGAAACACUAGCGUAUAAUUAAAAAAAUAAACUCAAAAUUGUAGCACACAGCGCUAUGUCAGCAUUAUAGACCCUGGAUGGCUGUAUCUGAACUGGAAGAGUCACACGGGAAAGACUUUACCACCAGAUGGCUCAUUGGGCUAAAAUUGCAGGUUCAAAGAGAAUGAAAAUGUGUAACCUACCUCGGGUUUGCUGUGUCAAAUUUUCCAUGUUUAGAUUUCAAUGCUUUUCUGAUGAAAAGUUAAAAAUGGUUCCAGAUGCCUAAAAUGAUGUGAACUUACUGCCAUAAAUUACUCUAUGUAUGCACUUCUGUCUCAUGUCACUCCACAUUUAUCUUGAGUUUUCCAGAUGACAUGCAGUUAAUUAAUCUUUGGGGUAAAAAAACAAGUGAAAAACUGAAACAAAAGGAGUUCGACUUUGUAACUGAGCAAUGAGUCGAGGCACAGAAGAAAGAAAGUGAAUAUUUUGUCAUAAUUGUUAUCUGACUGUUUUGACUUUCAGAUAAAGGUGCAUUGUGUGUCAUGGGAAAAGUCCCACGACCGGCUUGAAAUGAGAUCUGCUGAGGAACAUCCUGAACCAAGUAUUACCAUCAGUUAGUGCCAGAAAGACUGUAAACCUUUAACUUUUAUCAUCCUUGCAGAAACAUUCAAUCUGCCAUAAGGUGUGGUGAAUUCACUAGCUGGGAAUUGCAUCACACCCUGAAAGUGCUUUGUCCUACAGUGGCAGUUUACAUCUGCCUUUCAUCACAAACCUGUAAGGACACUGGUGGAAGUGCUAGACAUGACUCACAUCUUGUGUCUGUUUUUGUUUUUGUUUUUUUUUUCUAAUCUCCAUAGUGACACGCAACUCUGGGGCAUGUUAUGUCUCCCUUUCAGUAUUUAUCCAGUUGGAUUGGACGUCUCCAUUUUAAUUCUUUCUAAUUGCCUUUAGCGUUAAUCCCCCCCAUCACUUCACACACAUGCUGGUACAUGCAGGUUGCAGUUAAUCAGCCCUUAGAAUUCCAAUUAAGAUUAAAUAUUUGUUAUACACCCUUACUUAAUAGUCCAAUGCAGUACAGUGUCAUUGUGGGACCUUUCCUCGCUUUCUUUUAUUCUCUGUGCAGGCCAGAACCUGUAACUUCUGUUCUGUUUGUACACAGUGUACCUGUGUAUGACCACACAGGUACACAGUGUACCUGUGUGGUCAUACAGUAUGUCACCACACUGAUGCCUUACUCUUGUUUUACCUGCGAACACUGCUGUAGGUCAUGUUGCCCUUUCAUUCAUCACUUCUACUGUAAAUGAACCCAGUGCCAAAUCAUGAAGGCAUCAUUUUAUUCCAGCCUACAGCAAAAAAAAAAAAAGAUUAUACUGGCAUCUAUUAACACAAUUAGACAGGUAUCUAACAAUGGAUCUCUUUUAUGAUGAAAGACAUCCACACACGCACACGCACACACACGCACACGCACACGCACACGCAGCCAGAAAUCCCAUGUUUCCACAUACUGUGUGAAUUGUGUGUUUAGCAGGAGUUGCUAAGCCUUUAGUCCUUUUUUUCAAAGGACAGACUCACGACAUGAAAACUUAAUCUGGUAAUGAAAACACUGUAACUUUAAGAUUCCCUCUUGAUUUGUUCUAACUCCUUGACUCCGGAAGGCUUUUAUUAACUUUGGCUGAACUUAAUGAAGUAGUUUUUUAUUUACAUUAAUUGUCCCUCAUCACUUACACUGGAAUCCUAUCAAACUUCUGGGCCGAUAUGAACUGGAGGAAUGAUUGCAGAGACUGAUAAUUCUAUCAUGUGAGUGCUGUUUGAAGAAAAAAGGAGAAUCUAUCCUUUAAAAGGUUUGCUCUGCUUGGAGGAGGUUGAAAUUGUACAGUAUGCCAAACUCCUGUUGGUCAAAAGUUGUAGCCGAUUGUCAUUUUUUAAACAUUAAUGGGUUUGUUGUCUUUUGUGAACAUAGUGUUUUACCUCAAGAACACUUCUGUCCAGUUCUUUAUUAUUAAACUAAUAAAUUAAAACGAAUAAACAGGUCGACGGAAGGUAUUUAAUGAGACCUGUGCGUGCUUUGGAAGAAAAGCAAAGUGCAAAAUGUUUUUCUUUUCAGUUUUACGGGACACUCCCUUUAUAGCUCACUUGCAACAAAGGUUAAUGAACGUUCAGAAAUGUCUGCAUUGUGGAGACAAGUGGGGCAUCAUUUUCUACAAAUAGUGGUGCUGAUUCAUAUUUCGCAACGUAUAUGUGAUAAAUCAUUGCACUAACUACAUCUGUAUCUGUUACUGGUUCAUGUGCCACAACAGAUAUCAAGAAUUUAGCUUGUUAUGAUUUAACACUCAUCAUUUCAUCCAAAGAAAACAGUGAAAGUGAGUUAUGUCUAAAUACUACACUGCUGAGAAAAUUCAAACUCAUGUCCACGAGCUUUUUGUACUUUAAGUCAUGCAUGCAAGAAUACUGAAUGACUGAACCUGUACAUAUCAUCUGUAUAAAUUCCAGGGUUUUCUUAAAAAACAAACUUGGUCAAUAUAAAAUAAA